AUGGCGCAUACAACCACGCUGCUAGACGCUCGCAAGACCGUCGAAAUGACACCGCGAGUCUACCUGCGCGCCAUCGUUCCCAUCGGGCUACUCUACAGCGGUAGCCUAGUCUGCAGCAACGUCGUCUACCUCUACCUAAACGUCUCUUUUGUGCAGAUGAUCAAGGCCGCCGGACCGGUCAUAACCCUCCUCACCAGCUGGACCUGGGGCGUCGCGAAACCCUCCCUCUCCGUGCUCCUCAAUAUUCUCGUCAUUGCCGCCAGCGUCGGACUCGCCGUCGCCGGCGAGAUCCAGUUCUCCUGGCUGGGCUUCCUCUUCCAACUAGCCAGUCUCGUCUUCGACGCCAACCGCCUCGUCAUGAUCCAGAUCUUGCUGUCGGAUGAGGGCCAGCGCAUGGACCCCCUCGUGAGUCUGUAUUAUUCGGCGCCGGUCUGCGCAGUCAUGAAUUUUCUGGUCGCUUGGCAGACCGAGUGGGCGGGUUUUCGGUUCGGGGAGGUUUCGCAUAAUACCUGUGCCGCGCUGGUUUUGAAUGCGGCUGUGGGAUUUAUGUUGAAUGUUUCGAUUUUUGUUCUCAUCGGCAAAACCUCCGGCCUGACCAUGACGCUAGUCAGCAUCCCAAAAAACAUCCUCCUGAUCUUCGCCUCCGUGGUGAUCUGGCACACGCAGAUCAGCGCGUUGCAGGUCAUCGGAUACGCGAUUGCCUUGUCGGCUUUGGUGUAUUAUUCCCUCGGAUGGGAGAAGUUGAGGGGUCUUUGGGAUGAUGCAAGGGGUUGGGUGCACGGGUCUAAGGGAUAUGAUGUCGUGGGGCAGGACCGAGUCUGA